AUGCAAGCUUCAAAAUCUCUAGAAAAGUUCCACUCCCUUCCAAACAUAAGGUCUGGAAUGAGUGAGGGAGACCUGCGCAAGUUUUAUAGUCUAUCCCUAUCACAGUUCAGGAAACAUGCUGAAUUUGGGGAUUACAACUAUAAACCUACACCUUUUAACCUUCGCUGGAUAUAUGGAUACAAACACAAAGCUGGUGUGAUCAACCUCAAUGAUAAGGACCGUACUGAAGUGUUCUACGCAGCCGGUAACUGUGGUGUUGUCUAUGACUGGAGUAAAGAACAAAUGAGGAUUUUGCAAGGACACAGACACGUAGUUACGCACUUAGCAGCAGAUGCGCAAGGAAAAUGGCUGGUCACGGGCGACUCAGGGCCCGAGGACGUCAUCAUAAUAUGGGACAGCAACGACUACUUCCCGCAGAGGACCCUCUUCAACCCCCAUGGGACGAGUAAAUUGGCUAAAAUAGCUUUGAGCGCUGAUGCGAAGUUUCUCUUAACGUUGGGCUAUCACGAUCAGGCCAUCUUGCAUUGGUGGAUUUGGUCGUUUGGUCUCGAUGUUCCGCAUGCAAUGUUAGAAGUAGAAAUUCCCCGGGGUGGCGUAAUAGACAUGAGUUUCAAUCCCAAUAAUAGUCAACAAUUUUUGCUUCUCACCAAAUAUGAUAUUUGGAUCGGAGUAUCUCAGAAAGUAUUCGUAAUCGAAAGAGGGCUUCUAAAAGAGACCGAUGAUUACGAACUCAAAAUAAGAUUACCUGUUCGGAAGACCACGCCUGAUGUUGGCAAGCUGACCUGCUUUACGUUCACCAAGUCCCAAGUUAUUGUUGGCUCCAGUCGAGGAGCUGUUCUAUUGUAUGGGUAUGCGAUAGGUCUUCAGGAGAAAGUGGAGAUGGAUUACGAGGGCCUGAGAUUCAUUAAGAUGUUGAGAGUGGAGAGUAAGAAGAUUAACGUCAUCAAGAGUGUUGAUGGGGUGAUAGUAACCGGCAAUGACAUUGGAGAAAUACGCUUCUACGAUGAGCAAAUGAUGUUGCUGUACUGGGUCCAUGGGUUCCAAGUGGACUCCGUGAGAGGCAUCAGCUUUGACCUCAUCAAGAGAAGUUACAAAAUUAUUGAUCCGAAAUGCAACAAGGAGUGUCCCUGCUUCGAGAAGGUGAACCCAGGUGUUGAUACAGAAACUGGGUUACGACGGCAGAAGCUGAUGAAGACAGCUAUACCCUCAGAUGCUACUACUGCCAAUAAACCAUUUUUGGUCAGAGAUUUUAUUCUAUGCACAAACAACGAAGGAGUAGCAUUCGUGGAUUUUACAUCAGAAACUUUGUUGACUAUCUUGGACAAUAAAAUAAUGCACGCUCUAACUCUUACGGUCCACCCUGAAAAACCCUUUUUCUGUGUGGGCUACACUGGCGGUCUACUGGAGCUCCACAAUUACCUACAGCACAAGUUGUUUGCAAGGCUGGAUUUGCGCGAUAAAUUCAAAGUUAUCACACCCCCCAAUGAUGAUUCGAUAAAGGGAGAUUAUGAAGUGAUGUUUCCAGUACUUUCUGUCACCUGCCUUAAGUAUUCUCCUUCAGGAUUGCAUUUGGCAUGUGGUCUUGAUACUGGUGAGCUACUCUUUUUGGAUCCAGUAACAAUCGAUAUUUUGACGAAGACUCCAUUCAGGGACACUAGCCAUGCUGUAAAGGAAAUAAGUUAUAGUCCCGAUUCGUUGACUUUGGCCUUUUCCGAUACAGGCAGAACAGUUUGCGUCUAUAAGUACGAUUGCAUAAAUCUCGAGUGGCAUUUCAUAGGCAAGCAUAGAGCCCACUAUAAAGACAUCACCACACUCUUCUUUCUACCACAGAAGAAUGACAACGGAGAGUAUAAGCUGGUAUCUCUUGGUACUGAUAGAAUGAUGGUGGAGUAUGAUAUAGGGGAGAGUUCUGAGGAGUACCUGGAAGUACUUAGUUUGGAUAGGUUCGAUCAGACCGCGGUUCCUUUGGCUGGUAUCCCGUGGCCGACCCCAGCGGACAUAGACGCAGAGAACUACCGAACGGACAUACCAAUGAUCCUUGUGGCUAAUGAUGAGCACAAAUACAAGAUAGUAAAUUACGCAACAACAAUGACAUUAUCAACAAUACUGGGGCCACGUUUUGAACACCCUUUAUGUAAAAUGCAACUGAUAAUGAAAAGUGGUGAAGAUGAAGAGAAAUAUCUGCUUUUCGCCACGAAGAAUGUCAUCGGUUUACAGAAAAUGCCGCUAGAUGGCAACCCGUGGAAACAUAUAGGACUUUUGGGACACCCUGUACAAGUAACAGGCAUGUGUUACCGCGAGGAUUCGGGCACGCUGUUCACUAUAGGCGCCAAAGAUUCAUGCGUUUACCAGUGGGCGGCAAAUUACAGGGCGGUAGAACUAACAACAAAGCAGGGCGGCGAGGAUCUCGACCCGUACUACUGUCUCAUAGAAAACGGCAGACCUGGCUGGCUCUUCCAUGAGAUUCGAGAUCUGUUCUAUUACGUUCAGAUUCUAUGCCAGGGCACUUUUUCGCCAGCAAUGAGACGCGUUAAGGACUACAUUCCUAUUGACUCUUUGCCUGAUCUGAUGAGAGCGUUGGGAUACUUCCCGUCUGAAUAUGAAGUUGAAAAUCUCCUAAUAGAAGCGAAAUACAAAGUCUACCAACGUGCUCCCUCAUUAGAGAUAGACUUUGAAGAGUUCGUCAAACUGUACCUCAACCAUCGGCCAGCGUUUCCCGACACUUACAAGAAAAUCAAAAACGCAUUUAGGUACUUCGCUACGCCGAACCAUGAGAAUGAGUUUGUUAUAUGUCCAGAGGAUUUCGUGCAAAUGUUGAGCCAGAAUGGAGAGCGUUUUUCCCGCGAACUAUCAUGGUAUCUGUUGUCUAUUCUCUAUGGACAAUCGUUUGAUGAUCGGGCAGCGUUGAAUGAGGAAGAUUUUUCGUUUAUGCCAGAGGAAAUAACUUUGAGUGAACUUUUAACAAAUAUCAUCGGUGUUGAGGAUAUAGAAAAUAAUUUGGAGUUCUCAACAAAAGACUCAAUUCCUUCACAAGUUACUGCUUCUUCGGAUACUGAAGACGCUUGA